ACCGCAGUCUUCACUGACUUCAUUUAGCACAGCCUCAAAUCAGCCAAAGAUCAAGACACAGGCCACACCCACUCCAAACUUGUCUCCUCUACCGGCUUUGAGAAGACGAUAGCCACUGCUCUGCUUCUCUGCCUUACUCGUCACCCUCCACUAUUCUCUCCAUCCGUUUGUCCUUCAGAUAGACACCUACAGGGAUGGCGGAACUGGAGGGCUUGGAGUUCGGAAAGUCUGACUUUGUUCUUCUAGAUGAGGUGACUAUGGAGCAGUUUAUGGAGAAUUUGAAGUUGAGGUUUGAGAAGGGUCGUAUCUACACAUUUAUUGGAGAAGUGGUGGUCUCAGUCAAUCCGUACAGACAGUUGGAUAUCUACGGGAAGGAGGUCAUUGAGGACUACAGGGGCAGAGAACUGUACGAGAAUCCUCCUCACCUGUAUGCUGUCGCAGAUGCGGCUUACAAAGCCAUGAAGAGACGAGCCAAAGACACAUGCAUUGUCAUUUCAGGUGAGAGUGGAGCAGGCAAGACUGAGGCGAGCAAGUACAUAAUGCAGUACAUUGCAGCUAUCACCAAUCCCAACCAGAGGGCAGAGGUCGAGAGUGUGAAGAACGUGCUUCUGAAGUCCAACUGUGUGUUAGAGGCCUUUGGAAAUGCAAAGACUAACCGCAAUGAUAACUCCAGCCGUUUCGGGAAAUACAUGGACAUCAACUUCAACUUUAACGGAGACCCCACUGGAGGACACAUCAACAACUACCUGCUGGAAAAAUCAAGAGUUGUCCAACAGCAGGAGGGAGAGAGGAAUUUUCACUCAUUUUAUCAGUUACUACGGGGAGGGUCUGAAGAUUUGCUGAAGUCCUUGUGUCUGCAGAGAGAUCCGGCAAAAUAUACUUACACCAGUCAAGGAGCCUCUGUCACACUCGUAUGUCCAAAUCUAAUGAGUUUGGCCUCCAAUAAUGACUCCUUAUGUCACAAAGCCGUGAUGGCAGCACUGAAAGUGAUUGGAUUCACUACAGAAGAGAUCAGCUCCAUCUACAAGAUCCUUGGUACCAUCUUGCACUUGGGUAGCCUUCAGUUUACUAGUGAUGGUGAACAUGUCGUGCUGGUUGGAGAGGACACAGUGAAGCACAUGUCUGAGCUGACCUCCACGGAGCCUGAGAAUACCACAAAAGCACUACUUUACCGCACAGUGGCUACAGGGGGUGGUGAGGUCAUCGAAAAGGAACACAGUGAGCAGGAAGCUAAUUAUGGAAAAGAUGCUUUUGCCAAGGCAUUGUAUGAGAGAUUAUUUGGUUGGAUAGUGGGUCGUAUCAAUGCUGUGAUUGAAGUGAAGGACUACAACCCUGCCCUGCAUGGCAAAAACACUGUUAUAGGUGUGCUGGACAUCUAUGGCUUUGAGAUCUUUGACAAUAACAGUUUUGAGCAGUUCUGCAUUAACUACUGCAAUGAGAAGCUGCAACAGCUCUUUAUUGAGCUCAUUCUACGACAGGAGCAGGACGAGUACCAAAGAGAGGGAAUCACAUGGCAACACAUUGAAUACUUUAACAAUCAGAUCAUAGUGGACUUGGUGGAGCAGCCUCAUAAGGGGAUCAUCUCCAUUCUAGAUGAGGCCUGUCUCACUGCGGGCAAAGUCACAGAUACAGUCUGCCUGGACAGCAUGAACAAAAAGCUAGGCCAGCACCCUCACUACACUUCCCGGAAGCUUUUCCCUACUGACAAGACCAUGGAGUUUAACCGAGACUUCCGUAUUCGACACUACGCGGGAGAUGUUACAUGCAGGUGAUGUGAACAGACUGAUUGCAAAUGCUUGGAACACCAGUUUUUUUCAUUUCAGCAGCUGUGACAACAGCUUUGGAAACUUUUUGUAUUGUAAUAAAAAAAAUGGGUCGGUACAGCAAUGUACAGCUAGACAAAACAGCAUUUAUCAUUAUUUCUGAAAUAAAUCAUGUUGAACGAAAAAACGCUUCCGUAUGUCUGUGUAUAGGACAACAGAAAGCUGCAUAAGUUGCCACUUAAACAGUUGAUCCACCAUAUUACCGUGAUCUUUGACAUGAAAGGGAAUUCAAAAUGUAUUUAACUACCAUAGUGUUAUGUAUUUUGAGGUAAAACAGACUAUUCAGCUGUAAAUAAUGUGGGGCGGGACUUGAUUUUACCUGGAUUAGAUUUAAUUGUGAAAAGUGGGAUAAAAUUGUAUUGUUUAGUGUUAGUUUCCUCUCCCAUCGGGCCUUGAAUAAUAAAAAAAAAAAUAAUAAAAAAAUAAAGUUGUUUCAGUGUUCCGUCAAUGACAGUACAUUUUUACAUUUUAUGAAAGAUUAUGAAAACAAACAUAUUUGUUUUCUUUAGAUUAACAGGCACUAAUAAAUCAUGCACAAUUAUAGACGUUUCCAUUUUGUAAUUUUAUUGAACUCAAUACAAGUUGGAAACUCUGACUUUAUUAAAGCUUCUCUUACUUGGCUUUAGUAAUAUAAAAUGACAGCAGCUUUGGCAGUUAGUUAGUUUCCUAAACAUAUUUCUGUUUGAUAUUUUCUAUCAUUUUGCAAUUGAUUGACAGAGGUGUCAUGCCCAUUCAGUCAGAUUUUUGAGCCAAGAGGAUUUAAAAAAAAUAAAUAAUAAUAAAUCAAAAAAAUGUAUUUGUUCCUUCAAUAAAUAAAUUAAAUGACUAUUGCACUGCAUGUUAAAAAAAAAAAAAAAAAAAAAAAAAAAGAAUGUCUGUGGCAGAAAUCUUUAUUCACAUGUCUAAAUUUUGUUAGUCCAAUUGAGUCACAUAUUUUCCAUUAUAUGUGGCAUUCAGUGGCUGCUUCAGAGAUCUUGCUCAUGGGGUAGGUCAAGCAGAGCACCAAGGGAAUGUGCAGUGUUAUGGUAAUAAAUACAAAUCAAUUGCAUCAACUUCAGUUAAGUUAACAUUUGCCAAAUAUGUCUGAUCUCUGUGAAGCAGUUUUUUUCAAAGUCUAAUAUAGAUUAUGUCUAAGUUUUUGUUUGAUCAGUCACUGUUCAUUUCCUUUGGUGCUGAAAUGUGCUUGACAGUUUUUGUGGCAUCUUUGCACUCUCUUUUCUUCAUGUUUAAAGAAAGCAGCAGCUUAUUAUCUUAUUUCAGUGUGAAUCCUUGGUGCCCUUUAAAAAAAAAAAAAAAAAAAAAAUGGUGCAUGACGCCUCUGUUGAUUUUUAAUAUAUGUAAGUUUAGAAAUAUCUAAAAGCAAACCAAAGACAUAAAAUACACAUUUACAGCGAAGUAGUACAAGGAUGCGUUUUGGCAUUGAGACCGAGAAUGUGAACAGCUCUGAGUAGAAUCAGUAGAGUUGUCAGCUUAUAAUUAUGUUCAUUUAAAAAAGAUGUGAAUGACGCAUGAGACAUGGGGGCAUUUGCAUGGGACAUGUGUUUAAAAAGUGAACAGGGUUAGUUUUUAUUUCAUGUUACCUUUAAUAACUGUUUUAAGGGGAAGUUUCUUUAAAGGUUUGAUGAUGCAACUUUAUAAAUAUAUUAAAGUGCAGCUGCUGCAGAAGUCUGCAGAGUGCUGAAACUCAGCGAGAGCUGUGUCCUGGUUUAGGAAUUAGCAAGACCUUUUCUCAUUGAGGAAAGAGGAGCAGAGAGAAGCAACUGGAGGGCUCAGCUCUGAAAAUAGAUGACACAUUUUCACUUCCUUUUCACUCUUUAAUGUGUUAAAGUGUAACUGUGGAAGUAACUGAUUAAAGCUAAAUUGUCUUGAACUAAAAUUUCAUAGUGCUGCAAUCUUCUAAUCUUAGAUCUGUUUCUUGUGAAUCUGAGUGAGUGAACCGUGAAUGUCAGUGGAAGAAUCCAAGGGUGAUUUGUAUAUUCAGCGACCCAUUGGCGGCGGGUCUGAGAAACGAGAUGAACAGUGUCGGGAGCCACAAGCCACAUGCUUGAUAAUUUGGUCAAGAUUACAGAGGACUCAGUCCUUAACACUGAAUGGCACUAUUAUGACAACCCUGCAGUAAAACCACAAAACAUGCACACACACAUUCUGUGACGAUCACUUCGGAUCUGUCUGAGAACGCGUUUGCAACACAAAUCUCCUAGAUUGAUGCAUGUCCUUCUCUCUCUCUCUCUCAAACACACACACACUCACACACCACAGGAAGUCCCCUCAGGAAUAUAGACUGUCAGAACGGGGAUGUCAAGCCUCACUCACACUCACAAAAUAAAAUCUGUGAGAUCCCAUAGGCUCUGCUUUGUCAGUGAUGGAGGGAGGUCUCACUAAAUAUACCAACCCCAUAUCAGCAUGCCCCCAAACCAUGACCUAUUUCCGUCUGUCUCUCUCUGUCUUUCUCUCUCUUCUCCCCUUCUCCUUGUCUUCUCUCGUCUUUCUUUAUCACUUCCGUGUUCUUUCCCUAUAUGUCAUCCAUGUCUCUGGCUAUGUUUGGAAUAGCUUACUCUUACUAUGCAU